ACUACAUGUUGGUUACUUCUGUUUGCGAAGGUUGGUGCAGUUGUUGCCUACGGGAUUAACAUUUGCGGUUGUCACCACCAAGAAUUGACAGGUGUGGGUUUGUGUUUGUGUUUGUGCCUGGCUGCUGCUGUUCGAUCUCUCUCGGUCUCCCUUUGUGCUACACCCAAGAACCUGCCUCUUGGACUGUGUGCAGUUGCUGUCUGCUGCUGGGACCCACCGCUUGUCUUCUUGCUUCCAUAGCAAACACUCAGUAGUCGGACCUUUUGUGGACAGAACCCUCUGUACGUGCCUUAGACGAGACUAGAUAAAAAGACAAAAUUUGAGACGGUGUAGCGAAUGACUACGUACAAGUUAGGAGAACGCGUGUUGUGCUUUCAUGGCCCUUUGCUGUACGAAGCGAAAAUCAUUGACUUGGAUGACAAGGAGGAGACUCCCAGUUACCUUGUUCACUACAAGGGCUGGAAACAGAGCUGGGACGAAUGGGUGGAAGAUGAACGGAUCCUCAAGUGGUCGGAAGAAAAUUUGAAAACACAAAAGGAGCUCAAGGCAGUCGCCAUCGCAGCUCGUCAACGAUCCUCGGGCGGUGGACGAAAAGGCGGCAGCAGCAGCCGAUCGGCACAGGCUGAAGGAGCCACGACGACAAGCACGACUCGGUCAAAACGAACUCGCGAGUCGAGCACCAGCACUGUUGACAGGGAGAGCGACGCAGGCCGUCGUCUCGGUACCCCGUCCAGCACAGGCCAACUGUCUGGAGGCAAUGUGUCUGAGGAAGGCACGCCCGGCGUUGGAACCGAUGAAGAUGCAGAAGGGUACCAUGAACCCAAGUACCAGAUGGAGGUACCCAAUCUGUUAAAGCUUUGGCUCGUGAACGACUGGGAGUACAUCACAAAAAAUCAGCAGCUGAUCCCCGUUCCACGAAAGCCUACCGUCCGCGAUGUCAUCCGCUCGUUUCGCGAGCAGCAGAUGCAGAGCAUAACGGACGAGAUUGAGGCAGACGUCUUUGAACAGGCCAUGUCGGGAUUGCUUCUCUAUUUCAACAAGUGUCUCGGAAACAUGCUGCUCUACCGUUUCGAGCGGCAGCAGUAUCUUGAGGUUAUACGUGAACAUCCCAACACCGAAAUGGCUGAUGUUUACGGAGCCGAGCAUCUUUUACGGCUACUCGUGUCCAUGCCCGAGCUAAUCGAACAGACACAGAUGGACACAGAGUCUGUCCAUGUUCUGCUACGCUACGUCGAAGAAUUCCUACGGAUUACGAAAAUGCUUCUCCCAACUACCGUUCGCUUGUGGGUGUUUAGUAACUUGGAUUCUUUUAGCAAACAGUCUUCAAGACGAUGGUGCCAUACUUCUCAUACGGUGCUCAUUGGUGUCUUCUGCAGACGUCGCAGCUCGCUACAAAAUUGGAGCUGGUUAUCGUCAGACGAGGAAAAUGGUUCUCGUUGCCGAGUGAAGCUUGAGCAUUCCAUGUUGACUACGUCUUUCAGAGCCUGUACACUGGUACUUAAUGAUACUUGGUUCGCACUUGUACGACCGUGUUCCUCCGCUGCUUUCCUUAACCGCGAGAGUUGAUCCUGACAUCUCUGUCUAUUUGUGCGAAUUUCUUGGAGCCGAUGGUUAGCGGCUUGUAGCCCUUGCUGUUGUAUGUUGAGGAUGUUCUGUAAGCUAGUAAAGCCGCCGAGCCCAUGCUUCUGCAUGUACGAGCACACGGCCAUCAUUUGAAACCAUCUUGGACGAAUGAUAUACUGCGUGAUUGAUUAGCUGGGUAACAUUUAAUAAAAAUGAAAUGAGGUCUAUGAAAG